AAUAACUUCACCCUUCCUCAAAAGAAUGGAAAAAUUAUUAAUACUUCCACUUCAGCCUGCGAUAAAAGAGCAUAUUGAUCCGUAUCAGUUUGCUUACAGAUGCAAAAGAAGCACCUUAGAUGCUGUUGCUGUUCUGCAUCACAACAUAGUGUUCAACUUAGAAAAGGGUCAGAAGUAUGUUCGAUGUGCUUUUCUGGACUAUACUUCAGCUUUUGAUUCUAUACCAAGACAAUGUUUAAUUAACAAGUUAAUCAGCGUCAACACUGACAACUGGAUAACCAGCUGGCUAUGUUCCUACCUCUCUGGAAGGGAACAGUACACUGUAUUUGGAGGAAAGUGUUCAGAGUUUCUAUUUUCUCAUGAAGGUGUACCACAAGGAGCUGUUCUUUCACCUCUUCUUUUCUCUUUUCUUCUGCAUGAUCUGCCAUCUUCCACAGAAAACAAUUUUGUGAUAUAUGCAGAUGAUCUCACUGUAUGUAUGACUAUCUCUUCCUCUUCACAUCCCAUAGAAAUGAAUGAGUUUUUAUCUCGUAUUGAUUGUUGGUCUGUUGGUAAUGGUCUAAUACUUAAUCCGUCUAAAUGCCAAGCUGUUAACUUUAGCAUGAGAUAUGAACAGAAUCUAAACACCAUUUUGAGUUCCCAUAAUGCUUGUACCAUUGGAGACUCUUUGAUAAACACAGUGUCGAAGGUCAAUUACCUUGACAUUACCCUUUCCUCUGAUCUCUCUUGGUCUUCCCACGUUUUAUUGUUAUCAAAGAAGGUUUUCGUCUGACCUACUACAUAAAGAGAUUGCAUGCUCUUGGGAUUACUCGUCAUUUACUCUUACAAUUUGUCAAUUCUUGCGUAUUACCUAUUAUUUUUUACUGUUCUCCAUUAUUCUUUGCCGGGCCUUUGAGAAAAGACUUUGCUGUACUUUGGAGAAUGCUGAAGGCAGUUAGUAAGGUGUGUGGUGAAUUUUUCGAGAUCAUAAUUAAUAUGGUUGUGGAUAGACAUCUAAAGUCAUGCAAACUCCUGGCAGGUGUUAUUUUAUCAGAUACUAACAAUCCCCUUCACUCUUAUCUUUCUCCUUGUAUAUCUUCUGGUAGAACGAGACAUAAUUACAUUAAAAUCCAUGCACGCAAGCAAAAGUAUAAAAGUUCUAUAAUACCUUACCUAGUAAAUAUACUCUGUGACGAACAGGUUGUUAGAGUUAACCUAGUCAAUAACCUGUAUUCUUAACAUGUCCUUAAUUUGAAAAGUUGUACAGUUUUUCGGGUUUUUUUUUUACCUUUUUCGUCUUUGUUACUGUUUUUUGCGUAAGUAACUUGUUGAAAUACCCUGUGCUGAGAAUUC